GUAUGGGACAUUGGAGGGCAGCCGAGGUUUCGAAGCAUGUGGGAGCGUUAUUGCAGAGGAGUCAAUGCAGUUGUUUACAUGGUGGAUGCGGCAGACAUAGAAAAAGUAGAAGCUUCAAAGAAUGAGCUGCACAGUUUGAUAGAUAAGCCACAGUUGCAUGGAAUUCCAGUGUUAGUCCUUGGAAAUAAAAGAGACCUCCCAGGUGCACUGGAUGAAAAGCAGUUAAUUGAGAAAUUAAACCUUUCAGCUAUUCAAGACAGAGAAAUCUGUUGCUAUUCUAUUUCCUGUAAAGAGAAGGAUAACAUUGACAUAACAUUACAAUGGCUUAUUCAGCACUCCAAAUCAAGACACUGUUGAAGAAAACCAUUACUGAAGAUAACUCUUUCCCAAUCACUUGGACUCCUAUCAGCUAUACACAAGUGUAAAGAUAAAAGAAUGAACUGCAUACUACCAGGACUCACUUUGAUUGUGUUUGUUAACAGAAGUAAAACUGAGUUAUAGCUUGUCUCUCUAUCUUGGUUCUUUUCUUAAAAAUCCAGUUACUUGUCGGCCUAGGUGAAAUUCCUGAAAGCCUUAAUACAAGACUGAAAGAAAUCAAUACUUUUUUGGGCUGAAAUGUUUGAGUUGAUGCAUGUGAAUUGUCAAAUACUUAGUAAUUUUUUUCUAAUUUAAAACUCAAUAAACGGCACAGUGGAAA